AUGGCUACUCGAACGUUGGAGUCGCGCUUUGAGCGCAUGUCCGUCAAUGACGAGAAUGAGCCUGUCGACGGCGGCAAGCUCUACUCCAAGACCCAGUCCUUGGUCAAGACAUCACAGCUCUCCCAGAGCUCGAGCAGACCGAACCUCGUCAAGGUUGCACUCCAGUCCCAGAGCACCAACGCCGUCGCCUCGGUAACGCUGCCCUCGCAAACCGUCCAACGGCAUGCGAAAAACCCUGCGUCGCCCACAAGAAAGCCCCUCCCCUCAACCUCGUCGAGGACGUCAGAUGAGGUCGCCGAGAUCGAACGCAAGUCCGCCGUGUCCAUCAUCCUCGAGCCCUCGACGCCUAAGGUGUUCCAUCUGGGCAUGUUCGAGAUCGGCCGGCCUCUGGGCAAGGGCAAGUUCGGCCGCGUAUACCUUGCGAGAGAGCGCACGAGUGGCUUCAUCUGCGCCCUCAAGGUCCUGCACAAGAACGAGCUCCAGCAGGGCCGCGUCGAGAAGCAGGUUCGCCGCGAGAUCGAGAUCCAGAGCAACCUGCGACAUCCCAACAUUCUCCAGUUAUACGGCCACUUCCACGACAGCAAGCGCGUCUUCCUCAUUCUCGAAUUCGCUGGCAAGGGCGAGCUGUACAAGCACCUACGCAAGGAGAGCCGCUUCCCUGAGUGGAAGUCGGCGCAGUACAUCGCCCAGAUGGCGUCAGCUCUGCGCUACCUGCACCGCAAGCAUGUUAUCCAUAGAGACAUCAAGCCCGAAAACAUCCUCAUGGGCAUCCACGGCGAGAUCAAGAUCUCGGAUUUCGGCUGGAGCGUCCACGCCCCUAACAACCGCCGCAACACGAUGUGCGGUACCCUCGACUACCUUCCGCCUGAAAUGAUCAAGCCCGGCAGCUCGGACAACUACUACAACGAAAAGGUCGACCUCUGGAGUCUGGGUGUCCUGACGUACGAGUUUCUUGUCGGCGAAGCGCCCUUCGAGGACACGCCUGUCAUGACGCAGAGGAGGAUUGCCCGGGCUGACAUGACCGUCCCGUCGUUUGUCAGUCCCGAGGCCAAGGACCUGAUCAAGAAGUUGCUCGUCCUCGACCCCGAGAAGAGAAUACCUCUGGAGCAGGUCCAGACCCAUCCUUGGAUCGUAAAGCACUGCGUCAAGGGCGAGAGAGCCGCCAACCGCGAGAGGAGCUCCUAA